AUGAAAUUACAGGAAAGUAUAGUACUGUAUCUUUCGUCUGUCAAAAUAUAUCUGUAUAUAUUUUUGAGGUGCUUAAUUAAUGUAUUUAUUUAAAUAAAUUAUAUUUGUAAACAAUGUCAAGACAGAAGUUUAUGAAUAAAGCGCUUAUGUAUCAGUAUGAUAAAGAAUUAGCUUCAGCAUUUCAAGCAGACUGUGAAAUAUUUCUAGACGAAUUUGAAAAAUAUCAGUCUUUUAGAUUUAUGGAUUUUCAGCAAGUGUGGCACCAACAAAAAUUUUCAUUUAUAUUCGCGGGACAAGUAUAUGCAUUACUAUUACGAGAUUUUUGUGAAAAUUGUUUUUACGUGGUGAAAAAAUAUAUAAUGUUUCCAAGAACACUAUAUACACAAAUAGGAGCUUUUUAUUUAUUAUAUUCAAUUUAUUAUAAACAACCGUUAAGGACUUGGGUAAAAAUUAGAUUAACCUUUGAUGAAUACCAGAAAUUAUAUGAACUCAUUACAGAAAUGAGUCAUAGGCAGCAAAUUGAUGUUUGCUACAUUUUCAGUAAAAUGCAGUCGGAAGGAGCAUUUCUCUAUGUAGCUCAUCGUAAACCGUUAGGCCCAGAAGAUAGGUUUGUUAAAGAUGUACAAAUGUAUAUAAAUGAUACUUUCACAUACUCAAAAACACAAAGUGCAAUUACAAAGUUUAAAGACUUACAAGAUAAAUCUGGUUUAAUUUCAGAAAUUGAAUCUACCAAUAAAGAAUAUUCUGAACUACUUCAGAAAUAUGCAGGAAAAUGUUCUCAAUUAAAACCAUUUUCAAGUACUCUAAUUGAUGAAAUACAAGCUGCAUAUACAAAUUUUCAAAACGACGGGAAGAAUUCAAACAGUAAUGAAGAGACUACAGUAAAAAAAAGUGAAAUUCAGACAUCCAAACAUUCUAUUAAAAAUAAAGCAAUGCUGAAUAAAAAUGCGGUGUACAGAGCGUCUAAAAGAGUUAAAACCGCUGUUGAUACUACGGAUGAAAGUGAUUCAAACUAGGCAUUAUUGUGAUAAAAUAAUGAUAAAGUUUAUUUUAAUAAAAAAACAAAUGAA